AUGCAAUGUCAAUACCAUUUUCGUCAAUUAACCUAUAUCAGUCUUCGCGAGAUCGGCGAUUUGAUCAAGCCUUUGUGUCAUGGAAAUAGAAGGAAUCACGAAGUGAAGGACCUGCUUGACAAACACUUGAUUGGAAAGGCCGAGAACGUUGAAAGCAAGGUUUUCUACCUGAAGAUGCAAGGAGACUACUACCGUUAUUUGGCCGAAGCUGCAGCGGGAGACGAGCGUCGUGGUGUUGUUGAAAAGUCUGAGCAAUCCUACCAAAAGGCACUCGAAUUGGCCAGGGAACAAAUGCAACCAACUCAUCCAAUUCGCCUCGGACUUGCGCUUAACUUCUCCGUCUUCUUCUACGAAAUUCUGAAUGCUCCUGACAAGGCGUGCGUACUGGCAAAACAGGCCUUUGACGAAGCCAUUGCUGAACUGGAUUCGCUGAACGAAGAUUCGUACAAAGACUCGACUCUCAUCAUGCAGCUUCUUCGCGACAACCUUACUCUUUGGACGAACGAUGAUGACCAGUUGGAGCAAGCAGAACAGCCAAACGUUGAA